AUGGAUGAAAUAAGAAAAAAUGUUCGGGAGCUGCACUCAAAAGUUGAAGAGGUGUACUUUCAAGGCCUACCUGAGUGCUAUGCUGGAAAUAAAGAACACUCCUUACAAAUAUUUCGGGGUGCCAAUGAUAAUCUAAAGAGCUUCAGUCAUCAAAUGCAUAAGGAAUUUUCCUCCAUGCUCACGAUGGUGAAUAUUAUGUACAAGAAAGUACAGGAGCAAGUAUUGGAAAAGCAGAGUACGCGUACGGAAUAUUUAGCUAAUUUUUUAGUGCAUAACAAAAGCAAAUUGCAGCAAGUCAGGGAAAAAAAUAUGCAGCUACAAAAAGAAGUCGAGCUGAGCAAGAAGUAUUGGUUGGAGCUAACGCGGAUUGUACAGGCUCAGCAGCAGCUGAAGAAGAACUCUGAUCAGAAAGUCUCUUGCUCCAUAUGCAUGGAUGAAUGGACAUUGUCUGGUGACCAUCGCGUCGUGUCCUUGAAAUGUGGCCAUCUCUUUGGCGACAAGUGCGUACGACGCAGUCUGGAGGAACGUGAACUAUGCCCACAAUGCAGAGCUCCUGCAGCAUUGAAGGACAUACGUAUUAUCUAUGGCAACCCAUACUAA